UGGCGGGAAUGAUCUUCCAUACAUUUCAUAAUAAAAAGGCGUCACUGGUGUCACGGAGGCAAGAUUUUAUUUUAUACACAAAAACAUGAGGUUCGGAGUCUGGACAGACCUACACAGAACUGGAUCGACAUGAGGCGGUCCCUUUAUGUCCUACUGUUUCGUCGGUAAAUAUACCAACAGAUGUGGUGGACUGUUCCAGUUGACAAGCGUCCGCUGCCUAUUAUCGAGCGGAUGUUUAGAAUAAACGUACGCUCUUAUUUUAAUCGAAAACGUUUUUGUUGUUAUACGUACGUAAAUGAAAUAGGGCGAAACUGCUGACUUGCAGUAAAAACACUAUUGUUACAUUAAGAAGCUUUUAUCGAGGAUUUAACGAGGCCGAAUUGAGUAGGCUCUUUUUUUUAAUUAUUAUUACAUUUUUAGAAGAGGAAGAGGGACGAACUCACUGGGAGCCAUGGAUACACCUUUUUCCGCUGAAAAUGCCUUAAGUAAUCACCGUGUGUGGAAAAAGGCUUAAAGGAACCACCAUUCGUUCUACAACCAGGAUCAAUAAACCAGCAAAAUGUCUGUCCCCAAUGUGCUGGCCAAGGCUUUAUACGACAAUGCUGCAGAAUCUCCAGAUGAACUGUCCUUCCGCAAGGGGGACAUUCUGACUGUAUUGGAACGUGACACACAAGGACUAGAUGGCUGGUGGCUCUGUUCACUUCACGGUCGCCAAGGCAUUGUCCCUGGCAACCGUCUUAAGCUCCUUGUUGGCAUGUACGAAAAACAGCAAGAACAUGGAAGUCCUUGUACGACAGAUCCAGCCCCAUCCUGUCCCACCUCCCAGAUGCAGCGACCUGCACCCCAAGCUCAGUAUACAUCGAUGCCAUCUAUUUACUCCACGCCCAAUCCAGCACCGUUCAAAUCAGAUUCCAUCUACAUGAUUCCACCAUUGCAUGGCCCCAAGACGAGCCCCCAAAUUGUGUACCAAGUUCCCUCUGGCCCAAGUGGAACAACUCUUAAGGUCAACUCCGAACCAACCGUUAAGGCCCCAGCUCUAACACCAAUUCAGUCUGAGAUAUCAAGGGAGGAUGUCUAUCAGGUGCCACCUUCUUUUGGUCUGGGGCUAAACCAGGGAGUCACCCAGUCUGUUUCUUCAGUUUUCCCAGGCACUGGGAAGGAUAUUUACCAGGUGCCCCCCUCUCUGGAAAAGAGCACCAGGGAGGAUAGCAAGACACUUAGUAAGUGUGUUGCUGCUACUCAACCAGGCUCGGUCUAUGUCUGCAACACGGAGAAGGCAGACAAUAAGUAUGAUGUUCUACCCAGGCAUCAAUUUUCAACCCAGCAGGAUGUAUAUGAUGUCCCUCCUACCCGUGACAAAUACAACGUCCAGGUUUAUGAUUUCCCACCCACAGUCAGUAAAGAUGUUUCUGUCACUCAUCUAAUAAAAGAGGAGACCUAUGAUGUGCCAUCCCAUUUGACCAAAAAGAAACCUCAAACCUCAGCUGUUCCUGGCCAAUAUACUUUUAGUAGUCCAAACGAAGACCACAAACCAAUUCCAAUGCCUGAGGAUGUGUAUGAUGUGCCACCUCCUACAUUCGCCAAAAAGCGUGGAGGAAGAGAGAACGUUAGCCAGCUGGCCCAGGAAAUAUACAACUUUCCAACUCGAGUGCACCAUGGAGGUCAACCUACCCAGGAUGUUUAUGACUUCCCAAGAGAUCAAGAGGAGCGGGGAGAGAGAGAAUGCACAAAUAUCUAUGAUGUCCCACCACAGGUGGUUCGUGAUGGCCAGGAGCCGCACAGGGCAUCCAAGCGACUUUCUGCCUCGAGCACAGGGAGCACACUGAGCAACAAUUCGGCUUCAUCCUUAGACAUCCUCCCCGCCACUGACAAUGAACCGUUCUCCUCAUCUCCUGCCUCUGGCGCAUUUACUGGAAAACCUCUUCUGCUAGAGCUGGACCCGGCCAUGGAGCGCCUUUCCCGCCUUCAACAGGCCGUUGAGUUAAGUGUCUCCAUAAUGAUGUCAUUCGUCACAAGCAACUGGCGUAGCCCAGAUAGCCUGGAGGGGAAUCUUCCAGCUAUUCACCAGGCUGCUGACCGGGUGUGCUUCACUCUCAGAGACUUUCUCGAAUUUUCUCGGGGUGCCGUAACAAAUGCAGGCCAGGCCACUGACCGCUCCCUGCAGACCAAAUUGGGCCGACAAGUGGGCAAGUUGGAGGAGGUCUUUCAGAGUUUAACUUCGCAGACUCAGAGUUUAGAUGCCAUUUCUUGGUUACAUACGGAACUGGCCAAACCACAACCAGGUGGAGAUGUCUUAGAUCAACUGGUAAUGACAGUGCGUGGAAUCCCAGAUGACACCAAGCAACUUGCUUCCUUUCUCCAUGGCAAUGCCUCGUUGCUCUUCAAACGGAGUCACCAGCAACACGUACCGCUUCCUCCAUUGCCAGGAGGGAUUAGCUCUCACGUGACAGGAUCAGAAAGUGGGAGCUCUCAAGCAGGACAGAGGAUAAGCAUUCAGUCACGACCUUUACCCUCGCCCCCAAAGUUUGCUGCCGCAGAGGAAGAGGAAGGUGUUGACAGUCCUUACGAGACCACCGAGGAAGGAUGGAUGGAGGAUUAUGACUAUGUGCAUCUACAGGGUAAGGAAGAGUUUGAGAAGAGCCAAAGACAGCUCAUGGAGAAAGGCAGCAUCAUCAAAAACAAGACGCAAUUGGAGCAACAACAGAUCAAACAGUUUGAACGACUCGAGCAGGAAGUGAGCCGACCGAUCAACAAUGACAUGACUGGCUGGGUUCCAUCAAGUAUUCAUCCUCAAGGCAACACGCUUACUCAAAAUGGCUCCUCCAAAUUGUGCCAAGCCGACCGCCAACUUCUUCUUUUCUACCUCGAGCAGUCUGAGCAGAACUUCACAACCGUUAACAAUGCUAUUGAUGCCUUUUUCACUGCCGUCAACUCCAAUCAGCUGCCCAAGGUCUUUGUGGCUCACAGCAAGCUCGUCAUCCUUAGUGCACACAAGCUAGUUUUCAUUGGCGACACGCUAUCCCGUCAGGCCAAGUCACCUGAAGUUCGAGCGGAGGUAGGUCAGAGCAGCAACACCCUCUGUAAUAAGCUCAAAGACAUCGUCAUCAGUACUAAGACAGCAGCACUGCAAUAUCCAUCACCUGGAGCAACCAGGGAAAUGAGUGAAAAAGUGAGGGAACUGGCAGGAUGUACACAGCAAUUUAAAAUGGUGCUUGGACAGCUCUUGACGCUAUAGACUGACCAGGAAUCACAUGCUAUUGACAAAAGAGCAAUGCCAAAGUCAGGAAUUGCUCUCUGGCAUGUAAGUGCAUGCCAAGCAGCAUAAUUCACAGAGGAAACCUGAAAAACAUAUCUGGACAGGGCCACUGCAUUUCAUUAUUUAUGCUUUUAUGUAAUAUAGCUCAAGAGGUCCCAUGGAACUCUGGAUCAAAUGAGUCUGUGACUUUUUCUGACAUACAUGAGUAGAUUUCAGAGAAGCUGUAGAUGUGUUAUUUUAGAAAUUCUAGAAUGACAAGAAUGUCAAAUAAGAUUAUCACUCAGCACAGGCCCUGAGCAAAAGUGGGGAAAAUAUGUAAAUAAAUUGUAGAUGUUUGUGAGUUGUUGGGCAAUUCCAUUGAUAACAUACUGACUCAUUGUGAUCGUAACAGGGAUCAGGUGGACGUCAUGGCUUUGAUUCGCAGUAGAAGUAGUUGAGUCCUUGUGUAAGAUGCUGAGGCACGACUUGCCAUAAGAUGCUGCACUCAGUGUGUAAAUGAUCUCACGGUACUCCUAAAGCCUUAGACAAGUAAAGUACAUAUCAGAAAUACAUUAAUUCCUGUGUUGGUUACGUUUAUUUAGUUUGUUUUUUGAGUGUCUGCCAUCUGCAGGGUGUCCGGGCUCUCCCUUCGAGAUAGGGUGAGAAGCCCGGUCAUCCGCGAGGGACUCUGAGUCGAGCCGCUGCUCUUCUACGUUGAAGUGGCUCGGGCAUCUGAUUAGGAUGCCUCCUGGACACCUCCCUGAUGUGGUGUUCCAGGCAUGUCUCACCAGUAAGAGACUUAGGACAUGCUGGAGAGACUGUGUUUCUCUUCUGGCCUGGGAUUGCCUUGGGAUCCCUCCACAAGAGUUGGAAGAAGUGGUUGGGGAGAGGGAAGUUUGGGCUUCUCUGUUGAAGCUGCUGCCCUUAUGACCCAAAGUGGUAGAGGAUGGAUGGAUGGAUGGUCUUUUGAACGAUUCCACUAUUACUGUCUUACACUGUUGAAAUAACUGCUGUGAACAAGGUCCAUAUACAAAUGCUAGUGGUGUCGAAAACCUCUGCAUGGUCUUGACUCGAAACACAAUAAACAUAAUAUAGAAUACUACAGUCUCAUCCCUAAAUAAUCAUUGUUUAAAUUUGAAAUGUUUCAAUAUGGAUAUGCAAAAUUGACAACCCUGGAAAUAUGAGACUGAAGCCAUUUAUUUCAAACUUUUUAUACAUUUCAUGUGAAUGAACAGAGUUGUUCAAAGUCAACGUUCUGUUAAACCUAUUUUGGAAGUCAUACUAGUGAUACUACAAACAACGUUAAAACAUUUUCCACCUUGAAUUUACACUUUAAAGUAUGAAAAUGUAGUUUCAAAUACAAAAUAAAGUUGUGCACUAGUAUUGUGUUAUAAUAGCUGUGGUAUUGUCUACCACCUGAAAAAAUUCUUAUCUAAGUACUACACUAAUCGACUUUAAAACACAGUAACGUAGUAGGCAGAAGUGUUCAUUAAAUAUAAAACAGAAGUUUUAUUCCUAACGAAAAGAAAAAGUAUAUUUAUGGCAAGCUACUGUAACAAUGUGCAUGAUAUAAAAAUUAGCUGCGGUUAAAAAAGCUUAAGGAUUCAAUUCAAAUAUAUCGCACAAAAAAGUAAACAAUGAGCAAGGUGCAUAAAAGCAGUUUAAUUAAAUGCAAAUGUAUUGUACUAUGAUUUAUACUUUAACAGAACUGAACUGUGCUUGAUUACAUUGAUUGAUUAAAAGUGGGGGUAACAGGCUGUAUGCAUCGCUACAGGUUUCUAGUGGUAAAUUCUAUGCAUGUCUUAAAUGUGUUUGAUUUGAUUUAAUUUGAUGAUUAUUUGUCAUCACCAGAAAUAACUCAUGUACCACACUUGGGUAACCACUAAUCAAAGGGAAUGGUAAAUAAAUAGGCUUUUCUUGUAUCAUGCAUUUCUACCUUCAAGGUACCCAAAGCACCUUUCUGCCACAAUUUUAUACACUAUGCAGUAUUGUCAUCAUAAAAAUAUAACAGCUCAUUUACACAAUGACGCAGCACCAAGAGCAACGAAAGCGUUCGUAUUUUACUCGAGGAUGCGUCAGAUGGGGAUCAAACAUGCAACCUUUGGAUUGCGGGACAGCCACUUUACUACCCAAACUGUAUGUAUAUGUAUUUGUUAUUUCAUUGGCGAUGUGGUCAAUGUAAUAAAUGUACACCCUCAAAGUUA